AUGGAUGUUGAGGCCAGUGCAGAUGGUUCUACAUGCCAUUUGUGCAUAAUUUGUGGGAGAACAUGUCAAACCCACACCACUAAGGAUGUGGAGUUGAUGGAUGAAUUGAUGGACAUGUUGUUUGCUAAUGCAGUAGUGGGUGUUAAUACACUAUCUGAUAUUCCUCCUGCAAUUAUUGCAGCCGCAACUUCAACGCCCGAGGCGUUGACAGGGGACCAACUGUUCCAUAUUGAUGAUGUCAUGCUCUCAGCGAUCAAUUUUGGGUACCCAUCCGUGUUUGGGCCUCAUCCUCAGCGAAAGAAAUCCUUGACAAUGCCUAAAUGUGGGAAGAAGCCAUUGGGCUUUGUAGAAUUGUUGACUGCACCUGAUACGCCCGAGGAUCGAGAGAGGGUAGAGCGAGGUCUUAACUUUGCCUUGACUCCCCGCAACGUUCCGCACAUCGACUUCCUCAUCGAGAUCGAAAAUGCGGUGCGUACCCUUCCCCUUGAUGUUGCUGAAGAGGUUAGACAAGAUUGUUUUGUAGCGCUCCGUUAUGCUAAACCUCCUAAACUCAACAUCCCUAAAGCUGAGCUAUUGGCCUUUAAUAAUCUAAUGCAUAAUAAUGACCUUAUCAUCUCAAGAGCUGACAAAGGCAAUGCCACGGUCAUUAUGAGCAAACCAGAUUACUUGGCCAAAAUGGAAAUCCUCCUCUCGGAUUCCAGUAGUUACAAAAUUUUGUCUCGUAACCCGUGCCCAAAGAUUUUGAAGGCAGUUAGAUCUGCUAUUUCCAACUCCUCAUUGGAUGAUUCUACCAAACUUCAUCUUCUUCCGUCUAAGGAAGUGACCCCUCGUAUAUAUGGGGUCCCAAAAAUUCAUAAAGCCAACAUUCCUUUGAGACCCAUUGUCGAUACCAUUGGGUCUCCGACUUACAAGUUAGCCGCUUUUCUUGCCAAAUUAAUCUCUCUGCUUGUUGGUAACUCCAACUCCUUCAUCAAAGAUUCCAACCAAUUUGUUCAGUUUAUCAAGGACACCAAUUUGGACCCUCAAGACACUCUUGUGAGCUUCGAUGUGGUGUCCCUCUUCACCAAGGUCCCUAUUCUAGACUCCAUAGAGAUUGUCAAGCUUAAGGUCAAUGAGGAAAUCGCCUCUUUGGUGGAACUUUGCUUAAGGUCAACCUUCUUCGCCUUCCAAGGCAUUAUCUAUGAACAGGUUGACGGAGUAGCCAUGGGCUCCCCUCUCUCGCCGGUCAUUGCCAACAUAUUCAUGGAACAUUUUGAAGAGGUGGCCUUACAUUCUUUCCCCCUCAAGCCAAAAUGGUGGAAACGAUAUAUGGAUGACACCAAGGUAUGUUGGCCCCACGGCUUGGACAUGUUAGAGGAAUUUCAUACUCACCUCAACAACAUUUUUCCGUCUAUUACCUUCACCAAAGAACUUGAAUCCAACAACCGUUUAUCUUUUCUCGAUGUCUUAAUCUGUAAAAAGCCUGACGGAUCCCUUGGUCGUCAGGUGUUUCGCAAAACUACCCACACUGACUUAUAUCUUCAUUCGUCUUCUCAUCACCACCAUAGCCAGAAAGUUGGGAUCCUCAAAACCUUGGCUUUAAGAGCCCAUCGGAUUUGUGAUAAGGAUAACUUAGACCAAGAGCUCUCCCAUCUUCGUCAAGUCUUCCUUUGGAAUGGCUACUCGAACAAGUAG